AGCCUGAACAGAUACUCUCAGACAUCUCAUUUCUUCACCUCAUUCCUGAGACGGGACUCUGCCCACCCCUUGUGUAAAGCAAUUUAAACCUGAUAGCACAUCAUCUGCCUAUCUCCACUGAGAAUCUCUGCUGGACUAUUAAGACGCUCGCUCUUUGCUUUUUUUCCCCUCAGAAGCGCCUUACCGCCGCGCACGGUCUGAGCCAGUCAUGGCUUUUACGCGCAAACCUCCGUCAGCCCAAAUGUCCUGUGAUACAUUUUUAAUCUAAGUUUGAUUUAGAGACUGAACAACUUCUGUCUUUUCUAAUGUUUCAUAUUUCUCUUUCGUCCGUGGAAAUGCUCCAUCCAGAUCCGUAAAGGACCAAAGAUUGGCUGGUUAAUAUGAACUUAUUGCCAAGUGGAAUAUGUUUUUAUUUAUCGGUAGCAAUCUGCUGGCUGACGGCCGAGGUCGAUGCGUCCUGGUGGUACAUGGGCACCCUGGGCUCGCAGGUGAUGUGCGACAACAUCCCUGGCCUGGUGAACAAGCAGCGCCAGCUGUGCCGCCAGCACCCCAGAGUGAUGCAGGCCAUCGGGGCCGGGAUGAAGGACUGGAUCUCAGAGUGCCAGCAUCAGUUCCGCAGCCACCGCUGGAACUGCAACACCACGGCGAGGGACCACAACCUGUUCGGACGCCUGCUGCUACGCAGCAGCCGCGAGGUGGCCUUCGUGUACGCCAUCUCCUCGGCCGGUGUGGUCUACACGCUGGCGCGAGCCUGCAGCCAAGGCGAGCUGGACUCCUGCUCCUGCGAUCCCACUAAGAAGGGCUCGUCGCGGGACGCCAAGGGCUCUUUCAACUGGGGCGGCUGCAGUGACCACGUGGAGCACGCCAUGCGCUUCAGCCAGGCCUUCGUGGACGCCAAGGAGAGGAAGGAGAGGGACGCCCGGGCUCUCAUGAACCUGCACAACAAUCGAGCGGGCAGGAAGGCAGUGAAGCGCUUCAUGACUCUGGAGUGUAAAUGUCACGGCGUCAGUGGGUCGUGCAGCGUUCGGACCUGCUGGCUGGCCAUGGCCGACUUCCGACGCACCGGCGACCACCUACGGAAGCGCUACAACGGCGCGGUGCAGGUCGCCGUUAACCAGUACGGCACCGGCUUCACUGCCGCACACACACACUUCAAACGACCCAGCAAGAAUGACCUUGUGUACUUUGAGGACUCGCCAGACUACUGCAUACGGGACCACGAGUCAGGGUCGAUGGGGACAGGAGGACGGGUUUGUAACCGGACGUCUCGGGGAGUGGACGGCUGCGAGGUGAUGUGCUGCGGUCGAGGUUACGACACGUCGCGGGUGAGCCGGACCACCAAGUGCGAGUGCAAGUUCCACUGGUGCUGCGCCGUGCACUGCCGGGACUGCCACCAGCAGGUGGACGUCCACACCUGUAAAGGCCAGACGUGACCUCGCCUCCGCCGCCGCCACCGAACACUACUGACCGCUCACGUUAAACCGGCAGUCACCUUACUGCUGCUGCUGCUGCUCCGGCCGGGACUCAGAUCCUCCAUCUGUCAUCAUGUUGUAAGUGACAAUCACAGGACGUUGUGACUCCAUCUUUGGUGCUAAGCUGAAGACCCUCCCACUGAUCACCUGUCAAUCAAACAGUAGGUAGUUGAAGUUUGGUAGGUUGUCUGUAGGUUCCUUUUUUUUCCCAGCCAUGUUGUCGUUUAUCUGCUUGAGCUCAUUACCUAAAACAACAACAACAAAAAAACAAGGUAAAUCACGUCAGGUCUGCUUGAUGUUUCCAGAUGAUUAGAGCUGAAAAUGUAAAAGCUGAUGAUUAAAUGAAUGAGAGUCGUAAGUUGUGCAUUUAUGUUAAAAAUAUAUAAAUCAACAGACUCAUUCAUACUGAAGCUACUUUCUGCAGUGAAAGCUGGUUUUCUGAGGCCGACAGACUCAGUCAGAGUUUUAAAAAGUUCCCUCCAGGCAGAUAUUUCCUUCGUUUUUCUCUGGACAAACAUCAGGAACACUGAUGAGACUGAGAUGUUCGUGGUGGAAAUAAUCCGGUGUGGCUCAAGUUUAAACAGUUUGGAGGUGAACAGAUAAAAGAGAAUCUUUCUUCUUCAACAAUCUAAUCAGAGCAGAACUUAAGACGAACAAACAGACGUCGACUUGUUUCCAGAGUUUGACAGAUUCUACUGUUCAGAUUUAUUAUAGUUGCACCUUCGAUUUUCUGUUCACAACCAAAAAGCAUCAGCGUCUCUUUCUCCUGCAUGUUCUGAUUUUUACAGUGCACUGUGAACUCUUCAAAGCACAUAGAUCUCUGCUGGUCUCUGCAGGACUCUGCUGUGACUCACUGAGUGUGAUUAGAUGCACAGUAACCGCAGCGCACUGUUCCUGAUUUCACAGGUAUCUGCUCAACAUCUGCUUCAAAUAAAUGUUAGUCUACAAAUUCAGGGGCUGCCCCUUUUUAAGUCCUUCAGAAAAGAGCACUAUAUCCUCAUUUUAAAGGUUUAUGACUCACUAUAUUUACAGUGAAAUGUGUGUAGUGUAGACGGUGAUUAAGUGUUAACUGUAGAAAUGUUAGUGGUCCAGAGCAAACUGUUCUACAUGCAGUGUAACCUGGAGGACAGGGAAUCAGCAGCAGGUUCAACUCUGUGCUCUGACCAUGUGUUUCACAGAAGUUAAAAAUCACAUGUAGCUGGUCAAAAUCUGAAAAUGUCAAACACCAACAGCAGCUGUUAUAAGCUUCCUUUCCUGUAGGUGGCGCUGGUUGGUCUGGAGCUGCAGGUUUGAAUCCAUUUAACCUGUAAACUGUUGCUGUUAAAAGCCUCUCUGGUUCAUGGGGAACUCACAUUUCAGGCUUUGCGUUUUCAUUGUUCAGCAGAUUUAAAAUGCGAACACAUAAAAUUCUGUACAUGUAAACACACUCAGUGAUUCUUCACAAAUUCCCUGUUCAGCUGCCUCCGAAUCAGAGUUCACUGUCAAUAAAGUUCAAUUCAAAUCACAGUCUGCUGUCCUGUGUCAGGGUAAAGGUCGAACUCCUGUUAUUCCUUCUGUCAUUUCAUAGUAUUUAUUCACUGCGCUCACCAGCAUCCAGCGUUUCAACACACAGACUGUAAAUAAGCUGAAGUUUAUCUUUAACUGCAGACACAGCCUGUUUAUAGUUACAUCAGACGGGGCUUUGUUUGUUUGUGUAAAUUAAAAUCAGAUAUUUAGUCUAUGGCAGCAUUAACUGUAACCAACAAACACGUUAAAGGAAAAUUCAGGUGUCUUACAAAUUUUUGAUAAUGAUCAUAUCAUCAUUCACGUUAAAUCAAUGAGAAUUUUAUCCCUUUAAGGGAAAACAAGUGUUCUUUUUAGUUUAAGAUAAAACCUACAAAUGGAGAUUUACUUAUCGUCAUUUUCAGACCUGAAGCUGUUUCCGGCUCAUUUCUCUGUGGCAUGAAAAUCAAUUCACAGACUGUUGAAACGUGUUUGAGUCAAGUUGAACAUCAAGUCUGUGUUAGUCUCUGUGGAAUAGGGAAAAAAAAGAAACGUUCUCCAGAAUAUUUUACCCGGCGGAUGCAGGUAAAACUCUUCUUCUUCUGCCUGUGGAGUGAGAGGUUAACACGUCAGAGGAUUAGAGAAAAAAAACAUGAAGGAUUCCACAGAU